GAGAUCUGCGGCCUCUUGGAGCAGCAAAUCUCGCCGAACUCUGAUCAGACGAGGAUUUGGCAGCAGCUUCAGCACUACAGUCAGUUCCCCGAUUUCAAUAACUAUCUCGUCUUCAUCCUCGCCCGAGCUGAGGGUAAAUCAGUGGAAGUCAGACAGGCUGCUGGCUUGCUUCUGAAAAACAACUUAAGGAUGGCAUUCAAUUCCUUGUCUCCUGCAAGUCAGCAAUAUAUUAAGUCAGAGUUGCUCCUCUGUUUAGGGGCAGCGGAUAGGACAAUUAGGUCUACAGUUGGUACUGUAAUUAGUGUUGUGGUUCAACUUGGAAAAGUUUUUGGUUGGCCAGAAUUGUUGCAAGCUUUGGUGCAUUGCUUGGAUAGUAAUGAUUUGAAUCAUAUGGAAGGUGCUAUGGAUGCCAUAUACAAGAUUUGUGAAGACAUCCCCGACGAACUUGAUAUGGAUAUUCCUGGAUUAGCUGAACGUCCAAUCAACAUCUUCAUGCCAAGAUUAUUACAGCUUUUCCAAUCUCCACAUGCCAUCUUGAGAAAGCUUUCCUUGGGUUCUGUCAAUCAAUUCAAUGUGAUAAUGCCUACAGCUUUACUUCUUUCUAUGGAUCAAUACCUCCAGGGUCUGUUCCAUCUUGCUAAUGACCCGGCUGCUGAUGUGCGGAAAUUGGUUUGUGAAGCAUUUGUUCAGCUAAUUGAAGUACGGCCAGAGUUCCUAGAGCCACAUCUGCGUAAUGUAAUCGAGUACAUUUUGCAAUCCAAUAAGGAUGCUGAUGAUGAAGUUGCCCUUGAGUCUUGCGAGUUUUGGUCAGCAUAUUGCGAUGCUAAUUUGCCCCCCGAUCGAUUAAGAGAUGUCUUGCCACGUCUGAUCCCUGUUUUGCUCUCAAAUAUGGCGUAUGCUGAUGAUGAUGAAUCACUAUUUGAUGCAGAGGAAGACGAGUCUGUUCCUGAUAGGGAACAGGAUUUGAAACCCCGUUUCCAUUCAUCACGCUUUCAUGGAUCUGAUAAUGGAGAAGAAGCUGAAGAGGACAUAGUCAACAUCUGGAAUUUAAGGAAGUGCAGUGCUGCUGGCUUAGAUAUUCUCUCAAAUGUAUUUGGUGAUGAAAUUCUUCCAGCGCUGAUGCCCUUGAUUCAGCAAAAACUAUCAACAACAAGUGAUGCUCACUGGAAAGACAGGGAAGCUGCUGUAUUGGCCAUUGGUGCUGUGGCAGAGGGAUGUAUUGGCGGUCUUUAUCCCCAUCUUCCGGAGAUCAUUGCAUUCCUCAUACCUCUUCUGGAUGACAAAUUUCCUCUCAUACGGAGUAUAACCUGCUGGACGCUUUCUCGUUAUAGCAAGUUCAUUGUGCAGGGGCUUGACCACCAAAAUGGACAUGAACAAUUUGAAAAAAUUCUCAUGGGUUUACUGCGAAGAACAUUGGACACUAAUAAGCGGGUGCAGGAGGCUGCUUGUUCAGCUUUUGCUACUCUUGAAGAGGAGGCUGCAGAAGAAUUGGCUCCACACUUAGAAAUCAUUUUGCAGCAUCUCAUGUGUGCUUAUGGGAAAUAUCAGAGGAGGAAUCUCCGAAUUGUAUAUGAUGCUAUUGGUACUCUAGCAGAUGCAGUUGGAGCUGAAUUAAAUCAGCCGAAGUAUCUAGACAUAUUGAUGCCUCCACUAAUCUCAAAGUGGCAGCAACUUGCUAACUCAGAAAAAGAUCUGUUUCCUUUGCUCGAGUGCUUUACGUCAAUUGCACAGGCUUUAGGUCCAGGAUUUCUCAGUUUGCGGAGCCAGUAUUUCAGAGAUGCAUCAAUCUUAUCCAGAUUCAACAGUUGGCAAAGGUUGAUCCUGUUGCAGCUGGUGUUCAGUAUGAAAGAGUUCAUAGUUUGCUCCCUGGACCUGCUGUCUGGUCUCACUGAAGGUCUUGGCAGUGGGAUAGAGAGCUUGGUUGGAAAAAGCAAUUUGAGAGAUUUACUCUUGCAAUGCUGCAUGGAUGAAGUAGAUGAUGUUAGGCAAAGUGCCCUUGCACUUCUUGGGGACCUUGCAAGAGUUUGCCCUGUGCAUUUACAUCCUCGCUUGUUAGAGUUUCUAGAUAUUGCUGCAAAGCAACUGAAUGCCAGUCAAUUAAAGGAGGCUGUGUCUGUAGCAAAUAAUGCUUGUUGGGCAAUUGGAGAACUUGCAGUCAAGGUUCGCGAAGAUAUUUCUCCCAUCGUGUUGGCAGUUAUAUCUUGCCUAGUCCCAAUCCUAAAAAAUCCUGAGGGUCUUCAUAAGUCACUCCUAGAGAACAGUGCGAUCACUCUUGGGAGGCUUGCGUGGGUCUGUCCAGAUCUUGUAGCACCACAUAUGGAGCAUUUUAUACAGUCUUGGUGUUCUGCAUUGUGCAUGAUACGUGAUGACUUUGAAAAAGAGGAUGCAUUCCGAGGUCUAUGUGCCAUGGUGAGAACAAACCCAUCAGGUGCUGUGAAUUCGCUCACUUACAUGUGCAAAGCAAUUGCCAGUUGGAAUGAUAUUCGGAGUGAAGAUCUACAGAUUGAAGUCCGGCAAGUACUGAAUGGGUACAAACAGAUGCUCGGGGAUGGAGCCUGGGGGCAGUUUAUUUCUGCUCUGGAACCCCAGGUGGCUGAAAGGUUGAAAAGAUACCAAAUAUAGCAAAAAGGCUGAAGCAUUCAUUCUCCUCAUUUUAUGCGUUUAUUCUAUUACCAUACUUCAAUUCUUGCAUCUGAGAUAGAACUGCACAGAACCCAGCAAUUGAUUGGUUUGAAGAAAUAUUGUGUGACGAUUGCGGAGCUCCAAGAGUGAGAUUCCAUAUCAGGUUGUGUUUAUUCAAUCAUUCCCUUGGUAGACAGAUCUUGUGCAUUAUUGUAUAAUCAAAGAAAAGUUCAGUUGAGUUUUCGGGGGUCAGCAGAUUAGGCUAAUCGAAAGCUCUUCCACUACAGUUUGACCCUUGAUUUGUGUUCUAUUACUUGUCUCGGUGGGUUCAUUUUUUGUUUAUACCCUACUGAAUCCUGUAGUAGGCAGCUGGUGAGUUACAAUGAGGUCGUGUAUUUUAUUUUGUUCGAGGUCAAAGUUGUUUUUUUUUCCUUUGAAAAGACGGGUUUGUGGGGUGUAGUCAUUGCAACAAGUUAUUGCAUACCCUGCUAUCUUUAUAUUUUAAUUUGUUUGUUCCCUCAUCAUAAGGGAAGCUAGAUCGACCCUUCUAUUGUUAGAAGACAGACUGUAGUGAACUUUUUUUUAAAAGAUUUGAUUUGUGGAUAUAAUGCAAUGGAAAUUGGUUUUUGUGUGA